CUGACGAACCGGAAGUGUUCAUAUACGAGGGAGAAGGAGAACCAAGAAGAUUAGCGCUACUGGAGUUACUUUACUCUCAAUGACAGUGAAACAUAAAUUAACAUGCGGUCCUAAAACACUCGAUAUCGAUUGAAUGUUAACAAUAUCUUACAUGUUUAUUGAUCUUGUAAAUAAAUUGUAAGUCCGUUUACUGUAUCACCAUGGCCACAAGAAAACCAUUUACCGGGACGGAAGGUCGUCGUCGAACCGCUCUUUUCUUCGCUGGAAGCUUCUACCUGUUCCUGUUUGUGAAGAUUUUGCGAGCAUAUCGAGCUUACAACCAGAGGGAUGUUGUGGAAGUUGAUCAGCAAAAACAAGUGAACAGGGUUAGAGGAAUAGACUUACCACCACACCGAAAGCCUCGACAUCAUCCUGUGCGUCCUGACUCGGUCUUUCGAGGAUUUCAAUUUGAGUCAAAUCUCACCAUGUCGUCCGACAACAAGCCAUACUGCGAAAGUAAGGAUCGAUUCCGCAGACUCCCUCUCAAACUCAAUCAGCGCGUUGUUUAUCUAUCGGGAAAGAUGGGUCACAACAAUGGCUUUCAAACAGAAAUCCAGAACCGAGAAAUAGAAGCGAUCGAAAAGCUUCACUGGCUACGAAAUGCCUCCGAUACGAUCUUUCUUUAUGAAGUCCCCGAGCACUGGCGGAACCACGAACCGUAUAAACAGCAUACGCAAUUCUUGAAAGAUCCAACACAUGCAUCCUCAACAGGCGGAGGCUGGUGGUUUUGGAAGCCACCCUUAAUAUUGGACGCCCUGAAGCAGCUGUCGCCGAAUGAUGUGUUAGUAUACAGCGACUACGAUCAAACAACAUGGUGGCCUGCUCUGGCAGAUUUUAUUGAUCACAUCUUGAAGAAUCCAGAGAUUGACUGGGCUCUUCCUCGGUGGCAGGGUGGAACGGAGAGGAGAUACACCAAACAGGACGUAUUCGAAGCGUACUGUGGAAAGCCGACAAGCAUCCUACAAGACACUCCACAAUGGGAAGCUGGGAUCCAUAUUUUUCGUCCAACGCGACGCGUAAUACAAUUUGUUGAAGAGUGGCAGCGAGCUACUGAAGACUACGAGGCAAUCUCUGAUACCGAAUCUUUAGUCCCCAACGAACCAUCUUUCGUCGAGCAUCGUCGGGAUCAAUCUCUUCUCAACUUGAUGCACAAAUGUUGGUUCACAUCGGACGAAGCGAAAUACGUGCAGGCACCACAUCCUUGCGGAUGGCUCUAUGGGAAAGGAUUAAUCGACUUCUAUUUUAUCACUCUACCAUCCUUGAAAACAUCUGAGGAGCUGACUUUGCUACACCAUCGCAGACAAAGGUUCUGGGCCUCUCACAACCGCACUUUCGAAAAAGCUACGGAUCAAGGAUAA